AACUGCUCGAUUGGCUAUGCUUUCUUUUAAUCAGAGAACGUGUCAUAUUUUUAACAUCUCUUUUAUGGGAAUUAUUUGACUUAUAGGGAAAUUAAUUUUAUCACUGGAUAAAGAUACUUAUGAAGAAACUGGUCUUCAAGGUUGUCCAUCUCAGUACUCUGGCAGAAAAAUCAUGAAAUUUAUUGUUUCCAUUGAUUUGAUGGAUUUAUCCUUUAACCCGAAUUCUAAGAAGUAUGAAAGAAUAUCUUGGUCCUUCAAAGAAAAGAAGCCAUUGAAAUUUGAUUUUCUUUUGGCUUGGCAUCAUACAGGUGCGGAAGAAUCCACAAUGAUGUCAUACUUUUCCAAUUACCAAAUUCAGGAGCACCAGCCAAAAAUAGCCCUGAGCACAGUGACAGAGCUCCAGUGCCCGGUGCUGCAAAGCAGCGCCCUCCGGGGGGCGCCAGAGGCAGCCUGCAGCGCUCCCGAGCUUCUGGACUGGCUGGGCGCCGUCUUCAGCCACGCGGAACUAAAUAAUGAGCCUAAUAACUUCAUAUCAACCUAUUGCUGUCCUCAGCCAAGCACAGUGUUGGCCAAAGCUUAUUUGUGUACAAUCACUGGUUUCAUACUUCCAGAGAAGAUCUGUCUCCUCUUGGAACAGCUGUGUCGCUACUUUGAUGAGCCCAAGUUAGCUCCUUGGGUUACGUUGUCAGUACAAGGCUUUGCAGACAGUCCUGUUUCGUGGAGAGAAAAUGAACAUGGUUUUCGAAAAGGAGGAGAACAUUUAUACAACUUCGUGAUUUUUAAUAAUCAGGAUUAUUGGCUUCAGAUGGCUGUUGGGGCAAAUGAUGACUGUCCACCGUAAAAAAUACAAAAUUUAAAAUCAUGUUUGUUUAUGUUCAUGCUUUCUUUCAGAUUUUGUUAAUGGUAAAGGACUGUGUGUUCACUCAGGUUUGUAUGAUGAUGGCAUUUUUUUAGAUCAGCAUCCAUUAGCAUUCUUGACUUAGGGCCCAUCCUGUGAGUGUAGCUGGGACUGACAUCCAGUGAAUAGCUCAUAGUUGAUUACCCUGGUCAGUGUCAGUGUAAGUACAGAGGUGUGGGUACUGCAUGGUAGAGUGGACUAGGAUGGCCAGGGAACAGGUGUUCUUAGACCAUUGGGUAAGAUGUGUGCUGUUACUCGGGUGUAUGAUUACAACUUUUUCACAUAAUAAAAAUAAGUCCUUAUCUCAUA